AUGAACACUCACACACAACAACAGGUUUUGGAAAAGUUAACUGAUGAGCACGGAGACGUCAACCUAAGCAACGAGUUUACUGAUGAGCACGGAGACGUACACCUAUUCCACGAGUUUACUGAUGAGCACGGAGACGUCCACCUAAACCACGAGUUUACUGAUAAGCACGGAGACGUCCACCUAAACAACGAGUUAACUGAUGAGCACGGAGACGUCCACCUAAGCCACGAGUUUACUGAUGAGCACGGAGACGUCCACCUAAACAACGAGUUUACUGAUGAGCACGGAGACGUCCACCUAAGCCACGAGUUUACUGAUGAGCACGAAGACGUCCACCUAAACAACGAGUUAACUGAUGAGCACGGAGACGUCCACCUAAACCACGAGUUUACUGAUAAGCACGGAGACGUCCACCUAAACAACGAGUUUACUGAUGAGCACGGAGACGUCCACCUAAGCCACGAGUUUACUGAUGAGCACGGAGACGUCCACCUAAACAACGAGUUUACUGAUGAGCACGGAGACGUCCACCUAAGCCACGAGUUUACUGAUGAGCACGAAGACGUCCACCUAAACAACGAGUUAACUGAUGAGCACGGAGACGUCCACCUAAACCACGAGUUUACUGAUAAGCACGGAGACGUCCACCUAAACAACGAGUUUACUGAUGAGCACGGAGACGUCCACCUAAGCCACGAGUUUACUGAUGAGCACGGAGACGUCCACCUAAACAACGAGUUUACUGAUGAGCACGAAGACGUCCACCUAAACCCAAGUUAA